AUUUAUGUCUCCUUAGCUUUAAAAUAGUGACCUCUCAGCAAUGCAGUUUUCCUCUGGGCUGCCGACACAAAGGCCAUCCCAGUCCUGCUUAUCUCUUGUCAGUCUAUAAUCCUCUUUUUUGGGGUUCUGAAGGGUGCUUAUUAUUAUAUGUAUGUGACCUCAUAAUAGCCCCAACCCCCUAAACACGCAAACAAAGAGUGCUGCCAUGACUAUAUGAGCAGGUGGAAGGGAGUAUGAAUUGGUUGUCUUGUUUUAAUGAUGUAGUGAGGUGAAGAACAGCUUGUAGUCCUUCACUUCACAGCUGUCUCUCUUUGUUGUCGUAAGCAAAACAACGGAAAAGGGGACCCUCAUGAGUCAUAGUCCUGAAGGAGACUGGGUGUAUCUGUACAAAGAUCAGUUUUCAUAGGCAUCAGCUUUGUGUGAAGAAGACAGGCAGUAUCUGUGACAGCAGAGACACUUUAGACUGCUUUGUUUUGGCUGGUCUGUUCUCAGGAAUAUCCGUCUGUAUUUUAUGACCUGAAAUUUAUGGCUAAUCGCAACAGAACAUGACAGAACCGGGAAAUGUUCUGUACUUAGCUGGUCAGUUUGUCUACAUUUUCGUUAACAACAUCUUCUUGAUUAUCCUCCAGGGCCUGUUUUUGCACAAUCAACAAGAGCUAUGGCUGAACUUCAUCAGGUGUUCCUCGGCUGAGAAGGAGUAACUAAUGCACUUUAGCACCUUUACCAAGAUCUCAGUGAGCGGCUCCCGCAGCUGAUGACCAAAGAGCCCGACCCUCGCCCACUCCCAGCAGGACUAUCCAGCCUCACACCUCUGCCCCGGACAUCACCAUGUUCCAGAGGUUCACCAGCAUCUUGUUUGGAGAUUCCCUGGAGGAGGGCAGUGGAUGUCCUGUGGAUCCAGACUUCAAUGAGAAGGAGGAGGACGAUGAGUGGAUUCUGGUCGAUUAUCUAGCGAAGGCCUGCUCCGGUGCAUGUGGAGAUGAUCUGGUGGAGGUGUGCUCUGGCGAUGUCGCUCCCCUGGACUGUCCCGUGCGCUGCUCCUCCUGUUCCUCUCUGGAUUCGGCGGCAGACACUGACGCAGAGGAUGGCAACUUCUUACAUCUAGAGGCGACAUGCGGGCUAGAAGAAAGCUGGUUCAUCACCCCUCCUCCAUGUUUCAUGGCUGGAGGCAGAGCUCCGAUCCUGCUGGAGACCAGUCCUCUGGAGAACCUACUGAUCGAGCAUCCCAGCAUGUCAGUGUACGCCUUUCACAGCCCUCGUCAACGACCUGCCAAGGACGGCACCCAUGAGCCAUCCAUUUUAAGAUCUGACGUUCAGCGCCGGCCCAGUCACCCUUCUGGCUGCUACACAGCCGCUCUGGUUGCUGCUCACGCCGGGUUUCUGGAGCAGACCAAGAACGGCCGCUUGGCCCAGCGCAUCCGUGACAACGUGGAGCGCCAGCAGCUGUCCCGCAAUGCCCUCCGCCGCCUCAACCUGCUGCGCGACGGUGGAGCCAGACAGGCCAAAGCCACCGGAGGCUAUGUUCACCAGCCGGGACAGAGGCAGUACAACUACUGAUACAGUCCCCACUGCACUCCCCUGCACGCCACCCCUUCCACACUGGGAGAAUUGGCCUUUCGCCAGAAGGAAUGGAGUCCUUUAGAAUCAAUGUCAUAGGUCACUUUACUUCACACCAGGUUCCAUUCGACCUGAAUGUGUCUGCGUCAUGUUUCCUUUAUAAGCUAUAUCUGAUAGGUUCUGUCUUAUGUUAUGUGUCAUGAAGGUUGAAUAACCAAGUGUUUUGUUAUAGUGAGCAUGUUGUUGUAGUGCUCUGUUUGAGCAUUCGUAGGCAGCUUGGCUCUUUCAAUGCCUUUAACUUGUCUUUGCUUUGUUUGUUUUUAAAGCCAUACUAAGUUCGUUCACAUCAGUGAUGAAAUCAUCAGCAGCACUUUUCUGGUUAGGAAGGAACCUGCCUGUGAUUCUGUAGAUCAGUACUUUCUUCCUCUUUGAUUUUUUUUUCUCUUUAAAAAAAAAAGGUAAAGUAUA